AUGACGGAUUUGAAAUUUUCAAUCGAUGAACAUGUUUUUCCGGGUCCAUCAUUUUUAUCCAAUGAAAAAGAUCUUCAAGAUUACGUAUCGAAAUUAAUUGCUGAUGGUCUUCCCGAAGACAAACCACCUUGGCAAUUACAAGUUUUUCAAUCUUUUGGUAUCAAUCAAGAUAUCGUUGUCAUUUUAAGAGUUCAUCAGAGCGUGGCAGAUGGUACGGCAUUAAUGAGGUUACUUUGUCAUUCUUUAGCCGAUUCGCAAAUCAUUGAAAUACCGGAAAGACCAAGAUUUGGAACUUUUUCAUUUUGCAUGAACGUUUUCCGAGCUUGUAUUGUCGGACCAUUGACUUUACUCCUUUGGUUUUUAUUUUCCGGUGAAGAUUGUAACAUUCUUACACAUCGUACGGCUUGGACGGGAUCCGUUACGGUUACUUGGUCGGCUUCCAUAACAUUACCUAAAGUUAUUAGAAUUAAACAAGUUACAAGAUCAACCGUUAAUUGUGUUUUACUAUCCGCUUUGGCCGGAGCUCUUCGUCGACUUUUACAAGGAUGUGGAGUUAAACAACCACCGGAUGUUAAAGUUGUCGUACCGAUGGAUUUAAGAGAUCAAAUUUCAACAUCAUUAAAAACAAAAUUGGGUAAUAAAACAUCGACAAUAAUAAUGCCAUUGCCCGUGGCAAUAGAAGGAUGCGUACCACGAUUGUGGGCAACGAGAAAAACGUUAAAUACAAUGAGAACUUCGGCAGAUCCUGUGAUUUUUUACGUGGCAACAGCUGCAUUAAUGUCAAUAGGUUCAGCUUCGUUUGCACGUCAUUUGAUAAAUUUUUUUACCGGAAGAGCAAGUUUACAAUUUUCUUCUUUACCUGGUCCCACGUCUGAAAUAUUAUUAGAAGGGCAAACACUUAAAGGAAUUUAUCCGAUAUUACCAGCACAAGCCAAUCUAGGUAUAUCAAUAACAACAAUGACGUAUGCGGAUCAAGUUUUUGUUAGCGUUUUAGCUGAAAGAGCUUUAGGUCCAACAGCUGAAUUAUUAUUAAAAUAUUUAGAAGAUCAAAUUGAAAUAUUAUGGAAAUUAUUAUUGAAUAGAAGAGUACCUGGAGAACAAGAAUUUCCCAUUUUAACAUCUAAAAUCAACAAUUCAUCGGAACAAAUAAUAAAAGAAGUGAGUAAGUGA